AUGGAGACGAGACGCCCAGCGGUUUCCGCCGUGUCCGUGGGGGCGGCGGCCGUAGCAAGCGGUGGCUGGAUGGACGCGCACGCUACCUUCUACGGCGAUGAGACCGGAGCUGAGACCAUGCAGGGUGCGUGUGGGUACGGUAACCUAUUCGAGCAGGGGUACGGGCUGGACACGACAGCGCUGAGCGUGGCCCUCUUCAGCGACGGCUGGUCCUGCGGCUGCUGCUACGAGAUCCAGUGCCACGGCGACCCCCACUGCAAGCCCGGCGGGGCGCCAGUGACGGUGACGGCAACCAACCUCUGCCCGGCCAACUACUCCAAGCCCUACGAGAACUGGUGCAACCCGUCGCUGAAGCACUUCGACCUCUCCAAGCCCAUGUUCCUUCGCCUCGUCACCGACUUCCACGUCGGUAUCAUCCCCGUGCAGUACCGCCGCGUGCCUUGCGCCAAGAAGGGCGGCAUCCGGAUAGAGAUGACGGGCAACCAGUACUGGGUCGGCGUGCUCGUCUUCAACGUCGCCGGUCCCGGCGAAGUCAAGGCGUUGGCCGUGAAAGGGAGCAAGGACGGCCAGUGGCGGAACAUGAAGGGGAACUGGGGACAGAUCUGGGACGGAGAUGUCCAAAAUCUCGUCGGGCAGGGGCUCUCGUUCCGUGUGGUCGCAAGCGACGGCCGCUCCGUCGUCCUCGGCGCCGUCGUGCCGGCAAGCUGGACGAUCGGCCAGAGCUUCGAAGGCAAAGGGCAAUUCUGA